AUGUCCGAGGUAUUAGAAGAAAAAUUAAAAAAACUUAUUGAGGAGUCGAGAGCUUCUAUUAAUUGGACUGAAGUAAAUAAGUGGAUUGCGGAGGGAGAACCAUACGAAGAACACGAAGAAAUUUUAAUGUUUAUGAAUCAAAAUGGAGUUGCUGACUCAAGAUCAGAUGCGACUAGUGAAAGGAAUGAGAAUAACAGCGAAACAGCCACCACCAAUAAUAACCAAGAUAAUAGAAGGAAUGAGAAUACCACUGAAACGGCCACCACCAAUAAUAAUCAAGAUAAUAGAAGGAAUGAGAAUACCAGUGAAACAGUCACCACCGGUAAUAAUCAAGAUAAUGGAAACAAUGUAAAUAAUGUUAAUGAUGUGAGUCAGCCACCUUCUUAUAUGGAAUCUAUAAAUGAAGAGAGGAAUCCGUGA